UGGAGUUGGCGCGUGGACUUUGGAGUUGGCGCCACGAGCGGGAAAACAAAGGUUCCGGGAGGGGGGGGGGUCUCUUUCCUCGUCGGGAGCGGAAGCGGAAACUCGGCCAUCUCCUCCUCCUACAUCCAGGCUGCACAAGGGUCAGUCCACACUCACUGUUGGAUAUCUUUCUCGUCCACGCAUUUCCAUUCCGCGUGUCUCGUGACCCCGCGGCACUUCAAAAACAAAAAAGAAACAAAACAAAAAGUGAAUAUGCUCCUUUCGGAGCUGGCGUCGUCUUGCAGUCGCCAACUGGCGCCAGCUUAGCUAAAUGCUAGCUAGCUAAUCUCUCCAAGUGCUACCUUUGACCGCUCACGCUGUUUUUAUCUCCUGGCGUCUGUGGCUUUUGGACCCGAUGUUGCCGCGGGAAGAAGAGAAGGGUUGCAGCUCUCUGUGAAUGAGUGGUGUGCGGGAGGAGAGACCCCGAGGUAGACACUGUUCCCGUGUUAACAGACUGCAACGGAGCUUCACGGCCCGACGGUUGCCAUGUCGACCUCAUCGCUACGGCGACAAGUGAAGAACAUCGUCCACAACUAUUCAGAGGCUGAGAUCAAGGUCAGGGAAGCGACGUCCAAUGACCCGUGGGGCCCCAGCAGCUCGCUCAUGUCAGAGAUAGCGGACCUAACCUACAAUGUUGUGGCCUUCUCGGAAAUCAUGAGCAUGGUGUGGAAACGCCUCAAUGACCACGGCAAGAACUGGAGGCACGUGUACAAGGCCAUGACACUGAUGGAGUAUCUGAUCAAGACGGGCUCAGAACGCGUCGCCCAGCAAUGUCGAGAGAACAUUUACGCCGUUCAGACCCUCAAGGACUUCCAGUACAUCGACAGAGACGGCAAAGACCAGGGAGUGAAUGUGCGAGAGAAAGCCAAACAGCUUGUGACCCUGCUGAAAGACGAAGAGAGACUACGAGAGGAGAGGAUCCACGCCCUCAAAACCAAAGAAAAGAUGGCGCAGACAUCCAGUGCUUCUUCCGCUCCCUCAGCACCCAACCUGGGGGGCAGCCUGUCCCUGGGCUCCCACUCCGGAGGGGCCGACCCCGAGCAGGCGUGGCCGCAGAGCUCUGGGGAGGAGGACCUGCAGCUGCAGUUGGCCUUGGCCAUGAGUAAAGAAGAAGCCGAGCAGACUAGCGCGGACCCUCUGGAGGACGCAGAGAUGUGCUAUGCAAUCACACUCAGCAAAGAGAUGCUUCAAAAGGAGGAGCGGCUCCGCAGAGGCGACGACCUGCGAUUGCAGAUGGCCAUCGAAGAGAGCAGGCGGGAGAAGAAGCCCAAGCCAGAGGAGACUGCUCUCAUGGAGCUGAGUGCUGUGGACCCCUGGGGACCCCCCGCCGCCGCCAUCCCCGCCGGCCCCUCUCCUCCGCCCACCCUUCCCAUCGCCGCGUCCGGCCCGUGGGGCACAACCUCCGCGGACCCGUGGGGCGUGGCCUCGCCCGCCUCUCCUGCCAGCGCCGACCCCUGGGGCGGGGGGCCGCCGCCGCCCUCCAUAGCCCCUCCCUCCGGCCCCUGGGGCGAGAUGUCCAACAGGGUGAACCACGUGGACCCCUGGGGAAGCUCAGCUGUCACACCCCCCAGUGUCGACCCCUGGGGCCCCUCAGUGCCACCCAGUACUUCCUCCUCGGGGGGGCCCGUAGACCCCUGGGCAAAGGAUGGGGCCUCUGACCCACUCACCUCUGACCUGUGGAGUGGCCCCAGCAAACACACAAACGGCACAGGAGACCCAGAGAGACUGGAGUCGUCGGCGACGGGCUGCAACAGCACCGCCUCGCCCGUGCCCUUUGACCUGUCCUCCCUGGGCUCCUCGCUACCGGUCCGCAAGACACCCGAGUCCUUCCUGGGGCCCAACGCGUCUCUGGUGGACCUGGACUCGCUGGUGUCGUCCAAGCCCAAACCCAAGCAGCCGCCGCCUCCUUCCAUCUCCUCGCAGUCGGCACACAACCCCUUCCUCCAGAACCCAGGCUCCUCCCCCGCUCCCGGCACAGCCGUGACCCCCGGCAGUGCCAUCUCCAGCCGCGGGGUGUCCCCGACGCCGGCCUCCUCCAACCCCUUCAGCGCCACCAUCUCGCCUCAGCCCUCGUCGCUGGGCCUCAGCGCCCUCCGCAGCAGCCCCGUGCCCCCCAACCCCAUGCUGGGCCUGGCACCCCCCGGCAUGGGCCUGGGUGCCCUGAGCGUGGGCCUGGGCGCCCCGGGUCUGGGACUGGGCAUGAUGCAGCAGGCCAGCCCCAUGGCCGCGAGCUACGGCGGGCUCUCUCCCAUGCUGGCCCCAGCAGGGGGCGCCCCUCAGCUGAUUUUGGGCGGACCUAGCGGCGGCGAAGGACCAGUGGGGGGCGCGGGGACAAUGACGGGGGCCAGCACGAAUCCUUUCCUCCUUUGAGGGGGUGUCACCACUCACCUGCUGCUCACAAACGUCGUAUUUGUCCAAAAGCAUUUCAGUAAUUCCCCACACUUUGAAAAUGGGGGAUGGAAAUAUAGAUGUAUUUAUUUUCCUCUUCAUCUUCCAGUCCUGAUGAUUGGUGAGCAGGUGUCUGACACACCUGCCGCCUCCUCCUCUUCAAUGAAGACAAACCAUCCUUGAAAUGACAAGAGUGCAUGAAGAUCUUUUUGUUUUUUUAAUCAUUGACUGAAAAUGACAUUUCAGGCGGUCAAACUAUUUCACAUAAUUUAAACAUAAUUUAUUACUUUUGAGGAAGAAUCAAAUGUGAUCAUGCCAUUGAAAAAAAAAAACACAUUUUGUUCCAGUGAGAAAAGAUGAAAGUAUGGAAUAUUUUUAAUGCCUCCUUUUCUGUUGUCUUGUUUCAGUGACGAAGAACUGCACCAUUUUUUUGUCGUCGACCCGUAUUAUUAAUGCUCACACCAGCUAUCGUCGUUGUCAUAUUUCAUUUACCAGACGCCAUUUCACGUCUGCAAAAAGCUGCAAUGUCCUUUGUUUGUGUGACCACGCUUCUUUAAAAGUCAACCAGAGGAAGAAGACAUGCUGUUCUUUCUACUUUUCAUUUUAUAGCCUGAAGAAAUGCAUAUAUAUAUAUAUAUAUAUACACUGCUCAAAAAAAUUUAAGGAACAGUUUUUUAUCAGGGUAUGGCAUGAAUUCAAGUGCACUUUUCUGAUAAGGUUUUGAUCAGGUAUGUGGCAGAGGGGGUUGUUAAUCAGUUUCAGCUGCAUUGAUGUUGAUGGAAUUAACAACAGGUGCACUAGAGGGGCAACAACGAGAUGGCCCCCAAAACAGGACUGGUUUUGCAGGUGGAGGCCAUUUCAAGUUCCUCCCUCUUGAUCUUUUUUAACUGUUUUUCCACAAGUGUUGGCUUUAGCUAGAGCAGGGGUCGGCAACCCGCGGCUCUUUGAUCACUUUGAUGCGGCUCAGCAGCUUACUUGCUGAACCCCCCAAUUUUCCCGUGAGACUUCCGGAUUUCAGUGCCUCUCGCAGAAAACUCUCACCGAUUUUCACCCUUACAGCUACAAUAAGGGUGUGCCAUGAUUGUACAACAUUUGGCGCCCCCUACAAUCUGUAUUAACAGCGUGCCAGCCCGACACUUGUUAUACAAUAUACAACUUCUGCAUUCACACGUACGUGACAGCAAGGCAUACUUGGUCAACAACCACACAGGUUUCACUGACGGUGGUCAUAUAAAACAACUUUAACACUCUUACUAAUAAUGCGCCACACUUUGAACCAAAACCAAACAAGAAUGACAAACA